UCAAUUGUCAACUUCCAAAUACAUAUACAGAAAAAGGAAAAUGGCAUCACCCGUUGUGAUUCCUUCUGUUUAUUUGCUUUGGCUUUUUCCUUUUAUCACCAGCGUCGUUCUUGGGAGAAUCCAUGGACAACCCAACGGUUGGCUUUCCGGCCAUGCAACUUUCUAUGGAGCCACCGACAACCCCACCACCCUCGGAGGGGCUUGUGGGUACGAUAACACAUUUCAUGCUGGGUUUGGUGUAAAUACUGCAGCGUUGAGCAGUGCGCUGUUCCGAGGUGGUGAGGCCUGUGGUGCAUGCUUCCAGGUAAUGUGCAAUGCAGAGAUUGACCCAAAAUGGUGCCUCCGGGGUAGGACGGUAGCCAUCACCGCUACCAACUUCUGCCCUCCCAAUAAUCAUGGAGGGUGGUGCGAUCUCCCUCGUCACCACUUCGAUAUGUCCUUGCCUGCUUUCCUUCGCAUUGCACGUCAAGGAAAUGAAGGCAUCAUUCCUGUGCUCUACACAAGGAUUCCAUGCAGAAGGAGAGGAGGGGUCCGUUUCACCCUCAAGGGCCAAUCAAGUUUCAAUAUGGUGAUGAUCACUAACGUAGGCGGGAGCGGAGAUGUGAAGGCUGCUUGGAUUAAGGGAUCAAGGACAAGAACAUGGGUUCCCAUGCACAGGAACUGGGGAGCAAAUUGGCAAAGUAGCAUCGAUCUGCGAAGCCAAAUACUGUCCUUCAAACUCACUUUGGCUGAUGGCAAAACCCUAGAAUUUUUCAACGUCGUUCCUUCAUCAUGGAGAUCUGGACAAACCUUUUCUUCUCAAUAUCAGUUCUCUUAGCAGCCUGCAGCCUCCUUAGCAUGCGGAUCAAUAUUCAAUAUAUAACCAUUUUGAUAGUUCGAAUAACAACCCAUAAUUGGAUUUUUUUUUUUUUUUUUAACUUUCAUCAAUUUAUUAUUGACUAGGAUUCUUCAUGCUGGUAGUCAAAUUUUAUUUAAUUUUGUUUACAGAGUGUACAACGCCUGUAACCUCUGAUUAAGCUUACAUACAUGUGGCUAGUAUAAGGGGAUGAUAUUCAUGUAACUUUGCUUCAUAAAUGUACUCUAUCCCGAACAAAAUAAACAAAAAUUAAUAAGAAUAAUAUA